AUAUUAAGGGCCCUUCUCUCGGUCCCGUCUCACAGCCCCAAGUGGAGUGCAGGCCUUCCCUCAGCGGGUCUGCAGUCCCGAUGGGGCCUGGCUCCAGGUAGGGCCCUGCCGUCGGUCCCAUAGGGCUCCCUCGAUUGGAAUGGUGCGGCUGUGUAGCCCUGUGGAAGCCGAUUGUUUUUGUGUUUUUUUGGUGGCUGUCCUAGCAGGGGCGGGGAAGGUUGGAACAAGUUAGAAAGGUACGCGUCCCCUUUAAACACCUCCCCCUCCUUCCUCCCACAUGGUGCAGUGUUGGGGCGGGGAUUCUGCGAUGAAUCUCUUCUGUUUCUGUCGUCGUGUGGAGGAGCUGUGUGCGAGAAUGCCUAAGUCAAAGGAACUUGUGUCUUCAAGCUCAUCUGCCAGUGGUUCAGAUAGUGAAGUUGACAAAAAGGCAAAGCGGAAAAAGCAAGUAGCUCCAGAAAAGCCCGUUAAGAAACAAAAAACUGGUGAAAGUUCAAAAGGUGCAGCUUCUUCUAAGCAAAGCAGUAACAGAGAUGAGAAUAUGUUUCAGGUUUCAUAUUCUCAGAUUCUUUUGUCAAGCAAUCAUAUUUGUAAGAUUUCCCUGUUUCAUCUUCCCCAACACAAGGGAGUUGUCUUUGAUCCUGCACCCCAGACAAGGCCAGAUGUGGCCUUGUCCAGUUUCUAAAUACAGAAAGAUUGGCAAAAUGAGGUAUGUCAGUGUUCGUGACUUUAAAGGAAAAGUAUUAAUUGAUAUUAGAGAAUAUUGGAUGGAUCAGGAAGGUGAAAUGAAGCCUGGCAGAAAAG